AUUAAAAGGAGAAUUUUUAGCUCGCGCAAGUAUUUCCUAGAAAGCAAGAGCUCGCGCGAUUUUCCCCAGUCAUGCCGUGCCUGAGAUCUACUUUGACGUCUCUCCCGCCCCAAAUUCAGGGUGAUUUCCAUCAGCAAGCGCCUUCCAACUUAAACGGAUCUGCACGAAGUAGCAAAAAAGCAAAUGGCGAACAAGAUCGUCGUCAGCACGCCGGCGCCAGAUCUUGCCCUGACCAAUCUCGCCUACUGCUCGCCGGCUGUUCAUCCGAACUUCAGGGUCCCUGGUUCCGGGCUCUUCCUCGCUAAUGUUGGCGACGUCUUCAUUCUUUCUCUUUCAUAUCCUUUAUCUCUGUUCUCUUCGAUUCCAUAUAAUUUA